ACAGGUGGGUCAGGAAGCCGCGCCGCAGCCAUGGCUUUGAAAGAUACUGGAAAGACCCCCGUGGAACCGGAGGCGGCGAUUCACCGAAUUAGAAUUACUCUGACCAGCCGCCACGUGAAGUCUUCAGAGAAGGUGUGCGCUGACUUGAUAAGAGGUGCAAAGGAGAAGAACCUCAGAGUGAAAGGACCGGUUCGGAUGCCUCCCAAGACUCUGAGAAUCCCUACAAGGAAAACACCUUGUGGUGAAGGUCCUAAAGCUUGGGAUCGUUUUCAGAUGAGGAUCCCCAAGCGACUCAUUGACCUGCACGGUCCUUCUGAGAUGGCCAAGCAGAUUAUGUCCAUCAGUAUUGAGCCAGGAGUCGAGGUUGGAGUCACCAUUGCAGAUGCUUACAUCAACCUUUUUAAUAAAUCGCUUAUCAGUUAA